AAACUGAUAACAGAAGUCACAUAUCAGAUGGUUUCCUGAAAUUAUUGUAGUGACACAUUAUAUACAGCACCGUCAUGUCCGCCAUCGAUUAUUCCAUAAAAAACGUCGAGGAAAUAGUUCAGCCCCAUUUGGAUGGUGCCAUAAAGAAUGUGGACUAUGCCCGUCUCACGGCCCCCGGGGAGAACUUCGCCAGUUUAAUCCUUCGAGUGGACUUUGAAUUAGACCAAAAUGGCCUCAAAAAGAAGGUGAGCACUGUAGCCAAAACAAUUCCUAAAGGAGACCAGGGUAUGAUGCACUGUCAGGCCAUGCACAACGAAAUUAAAUGGUAUAAAGAAAUAGUCCCGUUGUUGGUGUCUUUUGGGGAAGAAUAUGGAGUGAAAGUGGAUAUUUUCCCGAAAUGUCUUGGGGCCAGGUACAGCUUGGAUCCGACGAAAGAGCGCGCGGAUUCCGAAUCGGUUUUGGUGUUGGAGAAUUUACAUCCUGAAGGUUACGGUAAUGCGGACCGUUACGUAGGUUUGGACCUGGCCGCCACGAAAACGGUCCUGAAGAAACUCGCCCUGUUCCACGUUCUCCCGAUCGCCCUAAAAACCAACAAACCCGAAUCCUUCGAAACGUUAAAACGUUUUUUCGAAGAAUCGAACCCUCCUCCAUCAUCUCCCAAAAAUGACGACGAUCAACCUGCGCGGAAACGGCCCCCGAUAAGACCGGAGGGAAUCCUGCUGGAGGCGAUAAAAAAACUGCCCGAAUGCGCCCCCUACAUUUUACAAAUCGAGGACGUGAUGAACCGCUGCCACAUGGGCCCCAUUCAGCACAUCCAUUUGGAGGAGGAGCCCUGGAAUACGGCGGUACAUGGGGAUUUUUGGAUUAAUAAUGUUAUGGUUAAGGACGAUGAUGAGAGUGAACAGGGGGUACAAGUGAAACUGGUCGAUUUCCAAAUGAUGAAAUAUGGAUCGUUCGGACACGAUUUGGUGUUUUUUUUGUUGAUCAGCGUUAGGAAUGAUGUGCUCAAAGAACAUAUUGACGAGUUGCUUAAGUUUUACCAUGCAGAAUUCAAUUCCUUACUGACGCAAUUCAAAACCAACCUGAAACUCCCUUACGAAUUGUUCCUGAACAUGGUAAAACAAACGGCAUAUUUAAACGAAGUAGGGCACAGUUUAUUUUUCUGUACCAUAAUUUUUGGGGAAAAGGGCACCGGGGUUGACGUGGCCGUCGAAGAGCACAACCUUUUCGACCUUAUGAGAAACAUGCUUAGCAAUAUAAGCUCAAGUCAUAGAGAAAAAAUUGUACAUGUGAUGGAAGAGUCUAUGAGGCAAGGAUGGAUAUAGGGUAGAAAUAAGUCAAUAAAAAAUAAAAAACAUUUUUAUUAUUAUGUCUUAACAAGUAAAGAUAAACUUAUUACUGUCCAUCCCAAAUAAAUAAGCAAUUUUAGAAAA